CGUACUUGUGCGCGUGUGUAACAUCUAGCUAGCUGCGUUUAUCAUAAAACCCAUUGCUAAAAACAUUAAGAUAUGCGGCCUUGUAAUGUGGAAACGGACUAGAUUAGCAUACUCUCUUCUCUCCGCCUUGUUCAGCUGAGUUACUGCUCACGAGACAAACUCCGUUUCACCCUGGCGUGGUGACGCUCAUGAGCGCGAGCGAGCUAGCGUCACCGGACAGAGACAAUCCAAGAUGGACGGAGCUGCUGCCUCGGCGAGCCAAGAGGACGGAGCUGGAGACAAACCCCGCGAUGGAGACACGGGAAACAACGCGUCUCCGCCGGCCGAGGACACCGCUGAUCGGAUUUUCUACUGUCGUGUUUGUGGAGAGGACUUCAGGGAGGAGGCGGCAUACUUGGAGCAUCAACAUCAGCACCCACAAGAAAGCAUGUAUUUAGACAACAAAUUGGAUGGUUUACAUGAUGUGGAAAAGGACAAUGAAAGCAUUAACGUCUGCACUCUGUGUUCACUAUCAUUUUUUGAACCAAGUGAACUAUUAUCGCAUAUGGAGAAGAGCCAUGGUCAACCCUCUCAAAAGGAGCCUAGUGUUCAAAUACAAUCUGGGGUUACAAAGCAUCACACCUAUGAAUGUUUAGACUGUGGAAAAUGUUACGGUGUGUUUGGACACUUCCUCAACCAUCAGCGCUCGCACAAACAAGCUUCAAAAUCCGUUUUUCAUGACCUUGAACAUUUGAAAAAGAAGUCGUUCCAGUGCGAAUCCUGUGGGCGGAAUUAUUCUCGCGCUUCAGCUCUUGACGCACACCGCCGCUGUCAUGAGGAAAAGUUAGUUAAGUCACGCAACAAAAGUUCGAGCGACACAUUACACACGCAGGAGUCCAUGGUCGAAGCCAAGCCCAGUGAAAACCAGACUGUUGAUACUCCUGAAAAGACUUUUACGUGUUCAUGCGGCAAAGCUUUUACUGCUUUGUUGCGUCUUAAAACACAUCAGCGAUUUAGCCGCAACAGUCAAUGCUCUCCGGAGGAAAAGAUGGACAAACCAAAGAAAAGCUCCAAUGAUUUUUACUGUAUUGAGUGUAAAAAGUCUUUCAAUAGCCAUAUUGCCCUCAUGAACCACAAGCGAUGGCAUGCCAAUCACUCAAACGAUUCUGUAAAGAAGUUCCAAUGCGAGGAAUGCGGCAAAGUAUUUAUGACGCAAACGUUCUACGAAAGGCAUCAGCGCCUGGUGCACAGUGAUGAGACCGCGGCAAAGUCCUUUCUUCAGCAAGUGUGUCAGCUCCAGAAGAAGGCGUUUGAAUGUAAAGAUUGUGGGCUGAAGUUUUCCAGGGCCUCGGCCCUUCACUCCCACCAGCUCCAUCACACCGAUGUUUUCAGAGAAACGGAGAAGGAGGCUCCGAUGCACACCUCUCUGCUGCCUCAACCGGAUACGGCGGAGACCGCAAGAAAAGAGGCCGAGCGGGACCUGGUGGAAUCGGAGAAGGUGCUUUCGAUCAGCGUGGCCGAAGAAGCGGCACAUGUAUCUGAGACUGAUGAAGACAUGGAGGGUUAUGAACCUGGCGACUUCAACGUACAGGUGAUCAGCGCAAGUGAAUCGGAGGAUGAGCCCGUCCAAGACCUGAACCCUGAUCUGGAGCUGCUGUGCGAAUCGGAUCAGGAAGUAAGAGAUGACGCUGGCGUCUCCACCAGUCACCUCGUCUCAAAGACGGAGAUGGAUUUGAAAAUUGUGGAAAUUGACUUUGAGCAAACCGACGAGCCGUGUGCACCGGUAGCGAGCGAAGCCGAGAAUAAGACGACAGGGGAGAGAUUUGAUUGCCCAGAGUGUUGCCGUUGGUUUUCUAGCGCUUCAUCGCUGCGGGUUCACAGAAUGUGCCACGGCGUUCGUAAAAGAAAACAGCAGACCCAAGGUCAGUCGGUGGCAGUUCACACAUGCGACACAUGUGGCCACGAGGCCAAUAGCUAUGCAGCACAUUGCAGCCACAUCCAACAACACGAGACUCAAAAUACAACUGGUGGUGGUGGUGAUGAUAAUGCGGCAGAGGGAAUAGCGAAGAAAAAGAUGCUAUGUGUCGAGUGCGGUAAAUGCUUCACACGGUUGUCUGCGUUAGUCUCUCAUCUGCUGCAUCAUCCCAAAAGAAAACCCUUCCAAUGCCCAGAUUGCAUGAUGUCUUAUUUGCAUGCAGCUAGCUUGUUUAAACACAUGAGAAACUGCUCCGCACAAAAAAAGGAGAAUAUUUCUGUCAAAGAAUACAAUCCAAAGAAAACCCUUCUCGGCCCCAAGAUUUACCACUGUGAACGCUGUGAGAAGGGGUUUUGGUCUCUUGGAGCCUUCUCCGCCCACAAGCAAAGUCAGACUCAGUGUACAGAUUUGAGGCUCAGAAAGGCCGGCUCUUUGCACUCUGUCAAUGGACGCCAGCGUGUCAAGGUCGCAUGUCCGGUGUGUGGUAGGAAGUUCCGUCACAAGGGCAUUAUGGCGUUGCACAUGCGAAAACAUGAAAACGGAAAUCACAAAUGUGAACUCUGCAGCAGGUCGUUUCGUCUUUUCUCCAGCCUCCUGAGGCACCAGGUUGUGCAUAGCGACCAGUUGCUCCCGCCGCCCAUUAAGUCUUUCCAGCAUCAGGUCGAGCAGUUGAAAAAGAACACGUACAGCUGUCCUGACUGCGGGAAGCUGUUUUCGCGGGCCAAAGCGCGGCAGUUUCACAUGAAAAGCCACGGGUACGAGACCGGGCACUCGCCGUCGUCGCCCAGAUCUGCCGUCGCGCUGGAGGAUCUGCAGUGUGCAACAUGCCUCGCACAUUUCAACAAGAAGACCUCUUUGCGGGCUCAUCAAAAGCGUUGCGUUAAAAGAGUUAUUUGCAAGACGGAGCCCUCAGAAAAUAACGAUACUCUAACUUUGCACACGGAUAACGUGGCUGUCGCACAGGAAAGCUCGACGCAAAUACCAGGACACACUGAAGUACGGAAUGAAAUGGUCAACGGGGAGCGAAAGAAAGAAAUUCAAACGCAUGAAGGCAAUUUAAAAAACUCAAGUGCAACCAAUUUGAAGUACAAAUGCAAAAAGUGUGACAGAAGCUUUUCAGUAGUUGGCGCAUUAAAUUUUCAUGAAAGAAUUCACGCGAAGGGUUACAAGUCUGUCGCGAAAGCCAAACUGUCUCUGUCCUCAAUGCUUAAGAAACCUGAAGGGGAAGAGCCGAGCAAAGGUCUUUUUCACUGCUCCGAUUGUGGGCGUCGAUUUCUGUCCAACUCGUCCCUCGGUUCCCACAAACGAUGGCACACAGACGAGAAACGUUCACGGGCCUUGCUAAAAGAUGAUUUGAUAUUGGCUGGCCACAAGGCAGAGGACGGACCUUUUUAUUGCCACAAAUGUUGGAAACCGUUUUUUAACCGCCGUGUUCUCCAACGUCACCAGGCGUUUACCCCUCUGUGUCGAACCAAAACUGUAACGCACGACGAAUCAACCCAAAGCGUUGAGAGCGAGUGUAACAAAACAUUUGAGCAAGGGUCACUUCUUGAUGCCCGUUCUGAAAACGAGCAUCGUAACACUGCAGAUCUCCAAGCCCCGAAACGGGUGGGUGUCAACUCGAAUGGGAGUGGGUCCACGUCGUCGACGGUGAAGCCCAAAGCCCACUAUUGUCCCCUCUGCUCUAUGACCUUUGCUCAAGCAAGACGUCUGCGUGCCCACCAAUGGCAGGCUCAUUCGAAGAGAAUCCAAGGUAAAAAUAAGGCUCUCUUGAGGAUUAAAACGGAGCCCGUUACCGCAAGCAGUGAGCUUACACAGAGGAAAGGCAACAGGGCAGCGGGGGUGAAAGGUACCCCUGCUGGCAGAGGAAAGAAGAAAAUCCGAUCAGACCCCCCAUUUGUGAAGUUCAUCUCCUGCCUUGACUGUGGGAAGCUGUGCCGUUCUCUGGGCGUCCUCCUGGACCACAAGAGAGCGUGCCUGGACAAAAAGCACGAGACUAAACGGGAGUUCCAAAAUCCCGAAACCAUGGCUGAGGUUUCCCAACCUCUGAGCCGCCUGUCUGAGCAUACGGCCAAAUGCCUCUUCAAGUGCGAUAACUGUGGGAAAGCUUUCCAAACCGAGGAACAACUGGGAGCCCAUAAGACCAAGGCAAAGAGCCGGCCGUAUUGCUGCGCCCUGUGCUGCAGCGGCUUCUGGACUGAGAAUCAGCUGCAGGAACACCUCGCCUGGCACGACGAGGUCCGCUGUCGUCUCCCCAACGAGGUCCGCUUACGGCUCAGCGCUGCGAUGACCGCGGGGCCUCUCAAGCCCAGCGUCCCCUCUGCGGUCACCAGUAGGACGUCCGCUCCAUCCUCCACACCGAGCUCAGACAGCCAGUCGCAAAGUAGCCAUAAGUGCCAACACUGUGGCAAAGCCUUUCUUUCCCCCUCUGCGUUACAGAAACACGAACGUCAGCACUGUAACAACGACUUGUACCAUUGCUCCAUUUGCCCCAGGACCUUCGGCGACAUUCAGGACCUGAUCGAUCAUCACCAGGAGUGUGUCGGCGAUUACAAAAGGCCGAGCGAUGCCCCUGCCACUCCUCAGGGGAGACCAAUGAAUGGCCUUACUUGCAUUGAAUGUGGAACUACUUUUUGUCAAGAAAGCGAUUUGCACCAGCACUACAUUGAACAUGCCUGUGGAGUAUAAGUGACUCUACAACCUGGGGGGGAAAACUGAAGUGAAGACACUGUAGAUUGUUGUUGUUUUUGUUUUUUUUAGUUGGUGGCGGUUCUUUUGGAGGUUGCAAAACUCCAUUACUAUGUUAAGCUAUAACAUUCCUCGUUAGAAAUUUGUUUCGGCGAAGUAGAAUCAUUCUUUCAUAUUCUAUUUCUUGAUUAUUUGAGAUUCUUUAUAUAUAUAUAUGUGUAUGUAUAUAUAUACAUACACAUAUAUAUACAUUUGUAUGUGUAAAAAAAAAAACAGGCAAAAAUUUUUUAACACAACAGGGCUGUUAAUUUAGGUUAAUUAGAUUUCCCAGGCUUUCCUUUACACUGAAUUAGUAUGUGUACAAAUGUUUAAGAAUAACCUUUUUUAUAUUUUAAUAAUGUCCCAAUUAUAGUUUUAAUUUGUUCCUGUUCUAAAUAGACCUAUCAUGAAUGAAUCUCUUUCGGGAUUAAUGGUUUAAUUCUGGCAGUUUAUAUCUAAAUAUAUCAACGCAAUAUUUGGUCAGAUUAAUGCAUGUAUGUGUUUGUCCUUCAAAGGAAAAGCAGAUCUGACACACCACAUAUUUCAAAGUUUAUGAAGACAUUGAACAAUUCUGCACAACUAAUACUAAUUUAGUUUGUUCUAUUUUAAAAGCCUGAGGUUCAGCAGAGAGAAGAUACAAUUCAACAAUGUGCACUGCUUUUGUGAAUUGGUAUUCAAAAAAGUAAUUACAGCAUUAACUACCAUGAAAACAAAUUUAACACCAACAUGUUUUAUUUUAGAUAUAAUUCAUUUAGCAUUGAUUGAUGUAUAAGCUCCUAUGUUCUUUCCUUUUCAGUGUUAUAUUUCUAAGUUGUGGAAAAACUAUUCAUUACUUUAACUAAAACAGAGCUUUUGUUUAUGUUGGAUUGUUUACUUUUUUACUUCUGGGUGGGUAAAGGUAUUUGUAUGUAUAAUAGUUACUUUGCUAUAUUUUAUGAAAAUCUGUUUUUCCCCGAGAUGACUACGAAAUGCUCUAAAAAGUUAAAUAAAUUCAUUAGUUUCUGCGUGAAUAACUGGGUUAUGUGAUUCAUUUAAACUAUUUAGUCAAUCUGCAUGUUUUUCAUGAGUCUGGUUUGUUGUUGACAACUUUUGGAACUCACUUCUGACUAAUAAGUACUGGUUUUGUCUUAGUUUAUGAACUUGUCUUAUUUAGUUUAUUUGAGAGAAGGGAAAGUACAAAUUAAUAAAUGUACAUGUUCCAGAAUAAUCCCAAAGGGUUUACAAAAAGCUUCUUAAAAUAGUAACAAAAAUAGCGAGUAUAAAUUGAUUCAUCAGAAUUGCUUUUAAAGAUAUAGCUAUUGAUUAGAAAGUUGUCUUAACACCAACCUGGCAUGAAAUACUUAGAAAAUGGUUUAAUGGAGAAGUUUUUGUUCUGUGCACUUUUGCAAUGUUUUUAAAAUGUUGUCAUUCUUUAGAUUUAUUCUGUCUAUUUUUUAAAAAUGUAAAUACAAAAAGAUUUUCUAAAUUUGUCUGCUGAUCAUAAAUCAUAAUUUUGACACUC